CGGGGGACCGACGGCCGCUCAGCUCCGGCCGCCGCGCGCAGACACCGGGCCCGGCUCCCGAGGGCGCCGGCGCGGCCCCGGGGAGCGCGAGGAGCCGGCGAACGCGUGGCCUGCCGUUGGCGGCCUGGUCCGCCACGCUCGGCGCCCGCCCACCCCCGCGGUGGGACCCGAGCCCCCCGGAAAGAUGGUGUCCUGGAUCAUCUCCAGAGCCGUGGUGUUGGUGUUUGGAAUGCUUUAUCCUGCAUAUUAUUCAUACAAAGCUGUGAAAACAAAAAACGUGAAGGAAUAUGUUCGAUGGAUGAUGUACUGGAUCGUCUUUGCUCUCUAUACUGUGAUUGAAACAGUAGCAGAUCAGACAGUUGCUUGGUUCCCCCUGUACUAUGAGCUUAAGAUUGCCUUUGUCAUAUGGCUGCUGUCUCCCUAUACCAAAGGAGCAAGUUUAAUAUAUAGAAAGUUCCUUCAUCCACUACUUUCUUCAAAGGAAAGGGAGAUUGAUGAUUAUAUUGUACAAGCAAAGGAACGAGGCUAUGAAACUAUGGUAAACUUUGGGCGGCAAGGUUUAAAUUUAGCGGCUACUGCUGCUGUCACUGCAGCAGUGAAGAGCCAAGGAGCAAUAACUGAACGUUUGCGAAGUUUCAGUAUGCAUGAUCUAACAGCUAUCCAAGGUGAUGAGCCUGUGGGACAAAGACCAUACCAACCUCUCCCAGAAACAAAAAAGAAAAGUAAACCAGCCUCCAGUGAAUCAGCAGAUUAUGGAAUUCCACUGAGAGACGGGGAUGAGAAAACAGAUGAAGAAGCGGAUGGGCCAUAUUCAGAUGAUGAGAUGCUAACACACAAGGGGCUACGAAGAUCACAGAGCAUGAAAUCUGUGAAAACCGUGAAAGGCCGAAAAGAGGUGCGGUAUGGGUCACUGAAAUACAAAGUGAAGAAGAGACCACAAGUGUAUUUUUAGUCCUGUACACGUCAAGUAUCCCAAGACAAAUUAUGCUAAUACAUCAGCUUUUUUUCCCUAACAUCUUAUAUUCAGGAUUUAUACAUUAAAAUAGUUCUUUAAAUUGUGGUGGUGAUAGGGUUUACUUUCAUCAAUUUAAAUAGUUUUUAUUUGUUUAACAAUUCCUUCCAAAUCUUAACUACUAAAGGUAGUUCUGCAAAAACAGAUAGAUAUGUCAGAAAUAAUAGAAAAUUGUGUUAUCUAUUGUCAAAUUCUUCAGACCAUUGAGUGCCUGGGAUAUAAGGUGAAACACAAACCCACAGUAUACUUGAAAAGAGUCUUUUUAUGGUUCAAGAUACACCAGACUUUGUGAUAUUGUAUUGUGUUUACCUCCAUUUCUGUAAUAUCUAUCACAUGAGGAGAGUAAUAGGCCUCUGAUCCAGCAGUGAUAGAACAAGGAUAUAAUAUAGGAUAAAAUAUGUUUUAUAUAUUCUUCAAAUUUUUACUUUGUUAAUACUUCCUAGUUUUUCCACCAUCAACUGAAAGUUUUCAAGACAAAUGUUUGAAAACCAGGUAUCUACAUAGCACUUUCAUUCCUGACUAGUUUUGCACACUUGAAAAUUGUUUACUUAUUUUACAACUGUACAUUUAUUUUGUUUAUUAACACUAUGUUUGUUGUUAUUUGUCAUAUUCCAACCUGUCAAAUUUAUGCCUUGAAUUACAUCAUCUCUUUUCCUGUGGGUUUCAUUAGUUAUAUUCAUUUAAUUUUAAUAAAAAACAGAGGUUAUUGUUCAA